ACACCAACCACAACCACUGAACCUCCAACCACAACAACGGAACCACCAACCACUACCACUAAACCUCCAACCACAACCACUGAAGCGCCAACCACAACUACUGAAGCACCGACCACAACCACUGAAGCACCAACCACAACCACUGAAUCACCAACCACAACCACUGAAACACCAACCACAACUACUGAAGCACCAACGACAACCACUGAAGCAACAAGCACGACCUCUGAAGCAGAUACUACAAGUACAACUGUGUCAUUAACUACAACUGAAGCACCAACCACAACCACUGUAGCACCAACCACAACUACUGAAGCACCAACCACAACCACUGUAGCACCAACCACAACAACUGAAGCGCCAACCACAACUACUGAAGCACCAUCCACUACUACUGAACAACCAACCACAACCACUGAAGCGCCAACAACAACUACUAUAGCACCAACCACAACCACUGACAAACCAACCACAACCACUGUAGCACCAACCACAACUACCGAAGCGCCAACCACAACCACUGAAUCUCCAACCACAACUACUGAAGCACUAACCACAACAACUGAAGCGCCAACCACAACCACUGAAGCUCCAACCACAACUACUGAAGCACCAACCACUACUACUGAAGCACCAACCACAACAACUAAAGCGCCAACAACAACUACUGAAGCACCAACCACAACCACUGUAGCACCAACCACAACUACUGAAGCGCCAACCACAAACACUGAUGCACCAACUACAACAACUGAAGCGCCAACCACAACUACUGAAGGACCAACCACAACCACUGAAGCACCAACCACAACCACUGUAGCACCAACCACAACUACUGAAACGCCAACCACAUCCACCGAAGCAACAACCACAACUGAAACACCAACCACUACUACUGAAACUCCAACCACAACCACUGAAGUACCAACCACAACAACUAAAGCGCCAACCACAACCACUGAAGCACCAACCACAACUACUGAAGUACCAACAACAACAACUGAAGCGCCAACCACAACUACUGAAGCACCAACCACAACCACUGAAUCACAAACAACAACUACUGUAGCACCAACGACAACUACUGAAGCGCCAACCACAACUACUGAAGCGCCAACCACAACUACUGAAGCUCCAACCACAACUACUGUAGCACCGACCACAACCACUGAAGCACCGACCCCAACUACUGAAGCACCAACGACAACUACUGAAGCGCCAACCACAACUACUGAAGCACCAACCACAACCACUGAAUCACAAACAACAACUACUCUAGCACCAACGACAACUACUGAAACGCCAACCACAUCCACUGAAGCACCAACCACAACUACUGUAGCACCAACCACAACCACUGAAGCACCAACCACAACUACUGUAGCACCGACCACAACCACUGAAGCACCGACCACAACUACUGAAGCACCAUCCACUACUACUGAACAACCAACCACAACCACUGAAGCGCCAACAAAAACUACUAUAGCACCAACCACAACCACUGACAAACCAACCACAACCACUGUAGCACCAACCACAACUACCGAAGCGCCAACCACAACCACUGAAUCUCCAACCACAACUACUGAAGCACUAACCACAACAACUGAAGCGCCAACCACAACCACUGAAGCUCCAACCACAACUACUGAAGCACCAACCACUACUACUGAAGCACCAACCACAACAACUAAAGCGCCAACCACAACUACUGAAGCACCAACCACAACUACUGAAGCACCAACCACAACAAAUAAAGCAACAAGUACGACCUCUGAAGCAGGUACAACAACUACAACUGUGCUGUCAACUGAACCAACAACCACUACUGAAGCACCGACCACAACCACUGAAGCACCAACCACAACCACUGAAGCACCAACCACAACUACUGAAGCGCCAACCACAACUACUGAAGCACCGACCACAACUACUGAAGCACCAACCACAACCACUGAAGCACCAACCACAACUACUGAAGCACCAACCACAACCACUGAAGUACCAACCACAACAUCUGAAGCACCAACCACAACUUCUGUAGCAGGUACUACAACCGUUGAGCAAACCACAACCACCGAUGCACCAACCACAACCACUGACGCGCCAACCACAACCACUGAAGUACCAACCACAACUACUGAAGUACAAACUACAACCACUGAAGCGCCAACCACAACUACUGAAGCACCAACUACAACCACUGACGCGCCAACCACAACCACUGAAGUACCAACCACAACUACUGAAGCACCAACCACAACAUCUGAAGCACCAACCACAACCACUGAAGCGCCAACUACAACCACUGAAGCACCAACCACAACUACUGAAGUACCAACCACAACUACAGAAGCACCAACCACAACCACUGAUGAACCAACCACAACUACUGAACAAACCACAACCACCGAAGCAACAACUACCGCUGAACAAGCCACAACUACGGUAGCAGGUACUACUACGACAACUGAGUCGUCAACGAUAACCGCUGAACCAACUACGACAACUGAGUCGUCAACGACAACCGCUGAACCAACUACGACAAUUGAGCCGUCAACGACAACCGCUGAACCAACUACGACAACUGAGUCGUCAACGACAACCGCUGAACCAACUACGACAACUGAACCAAUUACUACGGAAGUGACGACAACUACUGUAGCAGAUACUACAACCACUGAGGUAAUUACAACCACUGAAGCACCAACAACGUCUGAACCAACAACAAGUGACCAAACCACAACCACUGAAGCAACAACAACCACUGAAGCAGCAACAACCACUGAAGCAGCAACAACCACUGAAGCAGCAACAACCACUGAAACAGCAACUACAACUACCGCAGAUGCAACAACUGCAGCUGCUACCACAACUACUGCCGAAUCAACGACAACUGAUGCAGCAACAACAACCGCUGAAGCAACCACUACUGCUGCUGGUACAACAACGGUUGAUACAACUACAAUUUCUGUUCCAACGACAACGACGGAAGAAAAAACAACAACUGAAUCAACUACAACCACGCAACAAACUACAACAAGUGAAAUUACUACAACCGCUGAAACAGACAAUACCACAACAGCAGCAACUACAACUGCCGCUGACACGACAACAACGGUAGCAACUACAACUGCCGCAGACACGACAACAACGGCAGCAACUACAGCUGCCACAGAUACAAUAACUACAACAGGAGCCACAACUGCCGCAGCUACCACAACUUCAGCAGCAACUACAACUAGCGCAGACACAACUACAGCAGUAACUACCACUAGCGCAGACACAACAACAGCAGUAACUACAACUGCCACAGAAACUACAACAGCCGCAGAAACUACAACUGCUGCAGACACGACAACUAUAGAAGCCACAACUGUCACAGCCACAAUAACCUCUGAAGCAACUAAAGCCGCCACUGACUCGACAACUUCAGCAGCAACCACAAUUGUCUCAGACACUUCCACUACGGCAACAACCUCAACGGCUGCUGGUACCACAACAGCAACGACAACGUCUGCUGCAGAUACUACAACUACUGCAGAAACCUUCACAGCCGACACAACGACUCAAACAACAACAACUGCUGCAACAACUACAAGUGUCAUAGAUACUAGUACCGCUGCAGACACAAAAACUGUGGGAGAAACAACAACCGCUUCAGAAACUACAACUUCUGGAAGUCCUUCGACCGCUGGAGUUACCACAACUAUUUCAACAACAACUGCUGCAGAUAACACAACUACAACUAUUACCGCUGAUACGACAACUAUAGUAGUAGCAACAACAACUGCCGCUGAUACCACGACAGAAACAGCAACAACACCUACAAUAGAAACGACGACUACAGCAGAAACCACAACCACCGUAGAUACAGCUGCUACUACAGGAACAACAACUGCUGCAGACACGACAACUACAGCAGCAACCACAACUGUCGCUGAUACAACUACAACUGUCGCCGAUACAACUACAACUGUCGCUGAUACAACCACACCUGUCGCCGAUACAACUACAACUGCCGCUGAUACAACCACAACUGUCGCUGAUACACCUACAACUGUCGCCGAUACAACUCCAACUGUCGCUGAUGCAACCACAACUGUCGCCGACACAACUACAACUGCCGUUGAUACAACCACAACUGUCGCCGAUACAACUACAACUGUCGCUGAUGCAACCACAACUGUCGCCGAUACAACUUCGACUGCUGCAACCAUCACUACUGCUGAUACAACCACUGUAGUAACUAUAACUCCAACAUCUACAGCAGCAACCACAACUGUCGCAGAUACAACUACUUCUGCAGUGAAUACAACUGUUGCAGCAACAACUUCUACAGCAGCAACCACAACUGUCGCAGAUACAACUUCUUCUGCAGUGAAUACAACUGUGGCAGCAACAACUUCUACCGCAGCAACCACAACUGUCGCAGAUACAACUACUUCUGCAGCGAAUACAACUGUGGCAGCAACAACUUCUACAGCAGCAACCACAACUGUCGCAGAUACUACUUCUGCAGCGAGUACAACUGUUGCAGCAACAACUUCUACAGCAGCAACCACAACUGUCGCAGAUACAACUUCUUCAGCGAGUACAACUGUUGCAGCAACAACUGCUACAGCAGCAACAACAACUGUCGCAGAUACAACUACUUCUGCAGCGAAUACAACUGUUGCAGCAACAACUUCUACAGCAGCAAACACAACUGUCGCAGAUACAACUACUUCUACAGCGAAUACAACUGUUGCAGCAACAACUACUACAGCAGCAACCACAACUGUCGCAGAUACAACUACUUCUGCAGCGAAUACAACUGUUGCAUAUACAACUACAACUGUAGCAACUAUAACUGCCACUGAUACAACUACUGUGAUAGUUCAAACAUCAACCACCACUUCCACAGACACCACAACCGUUGCAGGUACCACACCAACCGAUACAGCUACCACAACAACCGCUGAAGCCACAACAACAACCGCUGAAGCCACAACAACAACCGCUAAAGCCACCACAACAACCGCUGCAGGUACCACAACAACUGAUACAGCUACCACAACAACCGCCGAAGCUACUACAACAACCGCUGAAGCCACAACAACCGCUGAAGCCACAACAACAACCGCUGAAGCCACAACAACAACCGCUGAAGCCACCACAACAACCGCUGAAGUCACAACAACAACCGCUGAAGCCACAACAACAACCGCUGAAGCCACAACAACAACUGCUGAAGCCACAACAACAACCGCUGCUGAAACCACCACAACGACCGCUGAACCCACCACAACAACCGCUUCUGAAACCACAUCACACAUCACAACUACCACGCCUGUCCCUACCACUAUAACUACCACGAUGUCUAUCACCACGACGACUGUCCCCACUACUACCACCACGACGCCAUCCACUACCACGACGCCAUCCACUACCACGACACCAUCCACUACCACGACGCCAUCCACUACCACGACGCCGGCUACUACUACCCCGAGUCUUCCUCGACGUGCCCUCCUCGAUUCCUCUUCUGGCACAUCUCUCCAGAGUAGUGGUAGUUCUCAACUGAUUUAUUCCAGAUUUGGAUUUCCCCUCCACCAUGGAACACGAUAUUUUAUGUAUGUAAAUAAGAACGGAUUCAUCUCAUUCAACGGAAGACUGAGAAUUUUUGGUAAUUUCCUAAAAUUUCUUCUUGAACUCAAUUUCGGUUUUGAUAUUGUGUGUGGCUUGGGUCUCGAAUUUCGUGAUAGUGAUGUUGUGUAUCAAGUGUAUGACAUCACCGAGGGUGGAUCCAGUUCUGAAUUAGACAGCAUCACCGAUAUGUUAUUUAUGGAAAACGAGCAAGCAAGACAGCAAGGUUUUGAAGCUUACUGGGCUCUUGUAGCUACAUAUUCAAAUGCACAACUCACGGAUGAUCCGUCGCAAGUUGCCACUUUUCAAAUGAUCCUUGCAACUGAUGGUACAUAUUCCUUCGCUAUAAUUAACUACCAAAACAUCAAUAUGACACCAGAUCUUGACACAAGCUCUGCACCUGUUGGAAUAAGAUCAUUUGGCUUCCUGUUCAAAUCGUUUGUUUCUAAUACCCCACUGGCUCUCCAACUUCAUAAUACCAUCCAAAACCCGGACUCAAAUUACCUGGGAUUCUUCACGAACAGCCUCUUUGAUAGCAGCUUUAGAUUCCCUACACUGGCAACUACAUGUGUCAGAUGGGUAAAACAGGAACCUGUCCAUGCUUUUAUAACAACAAGAUUCCUGGAUUUUGUCUGUCCCUGCAGUAGAUUCGUUGCGAGUAUAUUGCUACGUUUCAAUCGUUUUGAUUUUGAUUUUUUCGGCUUCAAACGAUGUUAUAUCAGCAGAAUAAACAGAUGGGAUGCACUUGAAUGCUGCUAUAGGAACGGAUUUAUUUCCGGAGGGUAUAACGCUGGUACUUAUCUACCGGAUUAUUUUACCCGAAGAAGAUUCCAGGUUAUGAGGAUAAAUCAACGCUAUAAAGCAACGUGUUGUUUAGGAGCCAAUAUGUGCGAUUACUUCCAUACAGUUCGACCAGCUCCCUCAAGGUGUAUACCAAUAUUGAGAAUCAUACUUGCUAACAUCUUUGGCGACCCUCACAUCAAGACGCUUGAUGGAAAUGAGUACACAUUCAACGGACUUGGAGAAUAUGUAUUGCUGACUGCCGACAAUAAGAAAACUGAUGAUUCCUAUGGAUCGUUACAGCUCCACGCCCUAACAGGUCUGGCUGUUGAUAAAGAUAAUAAAACAAUCAACGCCACCGUCUUUACUGCCUUUGCUGCCAAGGAUCAUGGCAAUGAAACUAUGCAAGUGGAACUUAACAAAUAUGGAUCAAAUGAUAGAAUGCUCAUUUACAUGAAUGGUGUUGAAAUUACGCAGCAAUUUGAAAGUGAUGAGGAUUACGAUUCAACUUUGACUUACCCCGAGAGCAACUUAACCUUCACUAGGGAUAAUAAAACACUUAAUGUUCGGACUUCGUCAGGGAUUGGCAUAACCAUUACUCCAAGCAAGGGACUAUUGAAUAUCGGUAUUCAAAUGAGUGAAGAUUUCCUCAACAAGGGUAUGGUUGGACUAUUCGGAAACUACAAUAAUGUAACUAACGACGACUUUGUACUACCUAACGGUACCAGCCUCGAUCCUGAAAGGAACUACACUGAGAAGGAAAUAUUCUUCGAAUUUGGACAACACUAUCUUGUAAAGCCGUCAGACACACUGUUCACCUUUCAACAGGGAGAAUCUGCAGCAGACUACUAUCAUCCCGAUUUCGUUCCUAUAUUCAUUGACAGCUUCAAUGCUUCAACUGUUGAGGCAGCAAAAACUGAAUGUGGUGGAGAGAAUGCUAGAAAAUCAUGCAUUUACGAUUACCUAAGUACGGGGAACAAGGAGUUGGCUCAGGAGUCUGGUUCUGUCGAUGCCCAAGCUGAACAAUCAAAAUUGGAAGCAGAAAACACUGCACCAACCCUAACAGGUGACAAGAAUUUUACUUUCACUAUUGGACAAAAUGAUUCACUUACCUUUGAUGCUUCUGACACGGGACCAGUCAGUAUUUCCCUGGUGCAAUCUCCUACUUCUGGAUUUUCACAAACUGUAUCGGAUUCUUCAUUAACGCUCUACUGGAUGCCAACUGACACCAGUAACCAGAACAUUAGUGUAAUUGCAAAGGACGAACUGGACCUUGACGCGCCACCCAUUGACGUCAUCAUUUUUCUGUGCACUGAAUGUUCAGGUCAAGGGAAGUGUGGACCCAACAUUCGAGUGAACUCGGGGAAUACCGACACUUUCAAGCUUAAAGAAUGCGUAUGCAACAUUGGAUGGUCAGGUGAUGAAUGUGAGAAAGACACUGACGCCUGCCUGGAGUCACCUUGCGCCUCUGGUCAGAACUGUACUGACUUAACCCCGGCACAAGAGUUUGAACUAAACAGGGGCUUCAACUGCACCGAGUGUCCCAAGGGAUUCAAAGAGGUUGAUUCCAGAUGUCGAGAUAUUAAUGAAUGUGCACUAGACGCGAGUAACAAUUGCGAUCAGAACUGUACAAAUACGAUUGGAGGCUUCACUUGUUUCUGUCGACCUGGCUACCGACUUUCGGACGCAACAACCUGUAUAGACAUUGACGAGUGUUUAGAGGAGACGGACGGCUGUCAACAGAACUGCAACAACACUGAUGGCGGGUUUUCCUGUGAAUGUAUAUAUGGAUAUGAAUUAGCAGCUGACGGAAGAAUGUGUACACAAGUUCCAGGUUUUGACCUUUGUACGCUUGCUAACAAGGACUGUUCCUACGCCUGUUCUAACAGUUCUGGGGCAGUGGAGUGUGUUUGUCCAGGAGGCUUCAAACUUGGAGACGAUCAAAAGUCUUGUGACGAUAUAAAUGAAUGCAAAGGAAACAUUUGUAGCCAGGAUUGUACCAACAGUAAUGGCAGUUACGUGUGUUCUUGUUUCGAUGGCUUCCAGCUGGCCGAAGACAAAGUCCUUUGCAAACCUUGCACUUCGCUUACCUGGGGUCCUGACUGUAGCAAUCAGUGCAGCUGUCACGCUAUGGGUUCUUCGACUUGUGACGCGGCCUUGGGCUGUUUAUGUCGCAGUGGCUAUGAGGGUUCUUCAUGUGAUACCGACAUCAACGAAUGUCAAAGAACUCCAGACAUUUGUGGGGCUGGAAAGUUGUGUAGGAACCUCAUAGGUUCCCAUCAAUGUUACUGUCGUUCCGGAUUCGAACUUGUCCUCGACGUGUGCGUUGAUAUUAAGGAGUGCGCUGAUGCAGCAUUGAAUAACUGUACCGACACGACUUCAACCUGUAUGGAAACAGAGGGUGGAUAUAUUUGCAGUUGCAAAGCAGGAUACAAUCAAGAUUCAUCAUUCACUUGUACAGAUAUAAACGAAUGUGAAGCAGAUAGUGAUAACUGUGACCAAGAGUGUAAGAACACGGAAGGCAGUUACACCUGCCUAUGUUUAGACGGAUUUGUACUGGCAGACGACCGAAGAACAUGUGUGAAAAUACGUGACCCAUGCGAAUCCCUAACCAGUGUGAACUGUUCCUAUGGCUGUCUUGUGGUUGACCAGUUACCCGUGUGUUACUGUGACCGUGGAUAUGAGCUGAAAUCAGACCUGCAAACAUGUAUCGAUGUUAACGAGUGUCAGAAUGACACAUUGAACAAGUGUACUUUCAAAGACACCUGCUUCAACACUGAACCAGGUUUUACCUGUUCGUGUAGAGACGGUUAUAAACUGGAAAAUGAUCAGCGAACAUGUAAAGUGUGCGACGAGUUCCAUUGGGGACCAGGCUGCCUUAAUAAUUGUUCCUGUGGCAUAGGCGCAGAGAGAUGUGACAAAGAAAGGGGAUGCUUAUGUAAGAGCGGAUGGAGUGGUGACUCAUGUAGCAGCGACGCCAAUGAAUGUGAAUUGGGAACACCCUGUGUCGGCACCAAUGUGGACUGUAUCAACUCGCCAGGUUCCUUCACCUGUCGGUGCAAGACCGGGUUUGCCAACACUACAGGAACGUGUGAAGACAUCCAGGAGUGUGACACCAAAACUGAUGGCUGUUCUCAGCUAUGUAACAAUACUGUCGGAAGUUACACGUGUAGCUGUAAUCCCGGCUUCUUACUCGAAUCUGAUGGCAGAGGAUGUAAAGAUAUCAAUGAAUGUGCCACCGAGAGGUCACAGUGUGAUCAAGGCUGUCUGAAUACUGUAGGGAGUUAUAUAUGUAGCUGUGAGUCUGGCUACAUCCUUGACCCUGAGAACAGACAGACGUGCUCUGCGAGAGUUAAUUGUUCUGCAAAUGCGAAUUGUACUCAAAAUUGUGCCGUGGUUAAUGCGGUGGAUGUUUGCUCAUGUGACGCUGGCUACGAACUAAAAGAUUCCUUCAACUGUACAAAUGUAAAUGAAUGCGAAACGUUAAUACCUUGUGAACAGAGCUGUGAUGACAACACACCUGGGUAUACUUGCUCCUGUCAAACAGGGUACAAACUCGCCACUGACGACGUGUCGUGUAUAGAAUGUACUGAGGGAACAUAUGGCAACAACUGUGCACAAACGUGCCCAUGCAUUACAACAGAUGACAACACGCUAAGUUGCAACAAGGCAAACGGUUCGUGUACGUGCAAAAGUGGCUGGGAGGGGUCAGACUGUGGCACCAACAUUAACGAAUGCAAUAACACAACAAUCUGCCCGAGAUUCUCCGAAUGUAAAGACACCAAUGGAAGUUACGUGUGCAAUUGUCAAGCUGGCUACGUGUUAGACGCUUCAGGGGUCUGUGUUGUUUGUAGUAUUCAGACAUUUGGUCAAAACUGUCAAGGCCAGUGUACUUGUGUGUUUGCCAACAUGGUAUUGUGUAACAGCACAAAUGGAGACUGUACUUGUAAAGAUGGCUGGAAGGGUAGCGAUUGUGAAAUAGACAUCGACGAAUGCACCGUGAACCCAAAUAUAUGUGGUGCAAAUGCUAAUUGCACAAACAACAAUGGAUCAUACACAUGUGAAUGCAAUAGUGGUUAUAACAAAGCAAAUAAUGGCACAUGUCUGAACGUAAACGAGUGCGAAAGACCUUCAGGUAUCUGUAUAUCAACGGCGGACUGUACCGAUACCAUUGGAUCUUUCGACUGUUCCUGUAAGAGAGGUUACAGCGGAAAUGGGACAUAUUGUACCGCUUGCACUGGAUUUACCUAUGGCGAACAGUGUACCAUCGCUUGUAGUUGCAACCAAACAAACUCCGUGGACUGUGACGGAUUUACCGGUACCUGUAACUGUAAACCUGGAUGGACUGGAGUUAAUUGCACGGAAGACAUAAACGAGUGUAAUAGUACCAGCAACCCUCAUAAUUGUACAGAGCGGGCUGAUUGCGAGAACAUUGAUGGGUCCUUCUCAUGUGUGUGCAAAACUGGCUACAGUGGCGAUGGUUCUACAUGUACAGAAUGUCCUGCUUUCAAACACGGCACAAACUGCUCAUCAGAUUGUACAUGUGACCAGACUAACACAGUUUCGUGUGAUCGUUUGACGGGUGCAUGUACGUGUAACGCUGGAUGGACGGGCACUAUAUGCUCGACUGACAUAAAUGAGUGCACUAGCACUCCAGUACAGCACAAUUGUUCUUCAGCUACGUCCACCUGUCAAAACACUGACGGGCUAUUCGUUUGUGCCUGUAACAAUGGCUACUACACUGUAAAUGGAUAUGAUUGCCAAGAUUGCGAUCAAUUUAAAUAUGGCACAAACUGUUCAGAGACAUGUUCGUGUGUUGCUGAUAAUACUGCCAGCUGUGAUACUGUGACUGGUGCGUGCGCGUGUAAGUCCGGGUGGAACGACACCAAUUGUGACAACAAUAUCAAUGAGUGCUUAGACGCUUCCGUCAACAAUUGUUCAUCACUACAGAGGUGCGUCGACACAAACGGAACAUUCGAAUGCCAGUGUAUACACGGAACCUUUAGCUCGGGAACUUGUUUGGAACCGACUACCACCAGUGCUCCGAUUCCUACUCAAAUCCAGUUUUUCCUGGUAUUUACACUGGAUUACAACCUAAACGGCGCUAUUGACCUAAAUAACCCGGGAGAUCAGGGAUAUAUUGCCCUCUAUGCAAAUGCAACGGCUGCUUUGACACUCGUAUAUCAAAACGUGCCAGGUUUCAUCAGAGUCGUAAUCACUGGAAUAAUUCGAGGCAGUACCGUCAUAAAUCACACCGUCACUACUGACAACACUGGCGCAGCUUUAGCUGGAGUGACCAAGGCGGCAUCAGAUGUUGCCAACAGUAAUACUAAUGUAUCACUGUUCGACACUCAGGCUCCUGCCUUGGGAGUUACCAUUGCAACCAGUGGACAAUCACCCCAGACUCUGAGACCUAAUGUCGAUCAAUGUGCGGUGGUAAAACUUCUCGGAAAUUGUCCAGAAAACAAUUACCAGUGUCUCAUAAUUGAUGGCAGCGCUAAAUGUGUGUCAACAGAAAAUACCGGAGGCUUCAAUUUGAUCGUGGGUUUAGGAGUUGGAAUUCCGCUGUUUUUCCUAGCUGUUGUGGUGAUCGUGAUCAUGUGUAUCUACUGUAAGAAGUACAGAGGAAAAGCACAGCCGGAGCUUGACAGGACACGAGAGGAAGCCGGGUUCAUGGGCAGUGGAGUGAUUCCGAAGUUCGGUAGCUGGGGCCGUCCUGCUUACUACUCACCAGCGGGUUGGGGCGAUGGAGAAUCCGUCGAGUCGGAUGACACCGACGACAGUAGAAGAAGGCGUCGACGUGGGGAACAAUUCGACACUAAUGGCAAAGACUAUUACAUGUAUGACAAUGGUGCCAUGUCGAACUUCUCUUGGGAUUUCAUGUACAAUUAUGUCGACCCUAAAGAGCAGUACAAGAUCAAAAGGCCAGCUACAACACCAAGGGCAAAUCCAGUGUUUGAUAAGUAAUAUCUUCGCUUAAUAAACUACUACAAAACAAUAUAUGAAAGACGGAAGGAAACACUGAAGAAACUGUCUUUUAAUUGAUGAUGUGAAGGACUCACAUUUGAGGUACAAAAUAGGAACCAUCCAAUCCCUCCGAUAUUACAUCGUGUAGUUAUAAAAAGAAAUCCUCGUGAACAUGACAUUAUGAGGAAAUCAAGGGACCAAAUUGGAUGAUGAAUAUCAAAUAGUGAAAAGCAACUAAAUGCGUUCAAUGCGAAGAAGGAAAUACAUCAUCUGAUUUAAGACAGUACUUUGGAUAUUUUCUCAAAAAAACGUUAGUUGUACAGGUAACCAUGACAACAUGGUUACACUGAUCGACCCCUUUAAUGUCGAAUGAAAUGCAGUAUUUGUAAAACCUUUACAAGACAAAUGCAUUACGACACGUCCUCAUUAACAUUGAGGAAGUGGGCCUUUGUUCAUAAUUUGUGUUCAUUAAUCGAAAUAGUUUAAAACCAGCUAAAUUGUGCUUAUUGUAUAAAAUAGUUUAUACCUGUGUGGAAAUUGUAUCUCCUAGGUAAAUAAUUGUAUCUUCCAUAAAUAACUGUAUCUGACAGGUAAAUAAUUGUAUCUCCAAUGUAAAUAAUUGCAAGACAUCUGCAUGGUUUCCUCUAUCGGUAUGUGCCAAUAUAAACCGUGCAAUAUGCCUAGUUUAGAGUUCUAAGAAUCCAUGCAAAUUGACAAAAUAAUCAAACGUAUCAACGUCAUGCAUUCAAAAUAGGAAACUAGUUUUAUAUCCAUGUUAAUCAAAAUCUGCUAUCAUAAUUUCCUAUUCACCACUGACAAUCACCAUUUCAUAAAUGUCUUGUAUCGAUUGCGUAUUUGUUAUUUUGAAAUGAAUAUAUAUAUAGAGUAUUUUUCUAUCUCGAUUAUAAGGGGAAUUAUUUAUCAAAUGGUGAUCUGAUGAAUUUCUGAAGUUAGUCUAAACAAAAUAUGUAUGUUGUAUAAUACUCCAACAACAUGUGUGAUCUUUUUUUUUAAUUAACCAUACAGAUCUCAAUAGGCUGAGAACACUGGUAAAAGCUAGUGGUCUCUGUGAUAUAGGAUAGAUAAGUUAUUAGAUAUUACAAUGACUGCAUGUGAACAGUGUUGGCUUCGUGUUUACGUUGACCACGGUAAAAGCAAAACCCUUUAGAAUAAAAUAAACGUACAUCUGUUUUAUUGGUUUCAUUGUAAAAACCUGUGUAUUUAUUAAUUGGAGAAAAAUGGGUUUUUUUCUAGAGUAAAAUAUUUUGUUAAUUGUUUAAUUAAAACCAAGCUGCAAUUCUUUAUUGCUCUGGUAGUGUUAUUUCUUAUAAAAUAACAGUGAAAAUGGAGAACACGUGCAGAGGAUUUUCGUUGUUCUAAGUUGGAGACAAGAUGAAAGUGGGCAAUGUAUUUUUUAUACAUAUCAAAUCAAAAAAAAUCGACACUGCUGUUAAUUGGAAAGCAAUGAAUGAAGUUUACUUAGUUUGAAAUAGGAAUGAUGAAUGAGUGUGUUUUACUGUUCACCAUAUCUAUAUAAUUAUAUUACAGUGUACUCAUAAAUGUUGUAUACACUAUGUAUUUCCCUUGAUGGUGCUUACACACCAUAACCAUUGAAUAAAAUGUGAGGGUUAGGAAUGUUCUCAUUUUGCAUCUUAAAUUAAACAAAUAAAUCACCAGUGGUUUAUCUCUUGAUUUUUUUUUAAAUUUUAGCAGUCAUUAAACGAUUUCAUUUCAUUGUUUAAAUAUUUUGAUAUUGUUGAACUUUAUUACUGUGAUGUUUUCGUUGAUACUUUUUACAUAUUUUCACUUUUUAGCAAUCAAAUUUAUAUGAAAUUUGCAUUCAGACUGAUGUCACCAAUUUUUCAUUCCCAUUAAAGGUAUACUACUCUAUGUCAUUAUGGUAACAGCAUAUGUAUACAUAGGUGAAGGGACUAAUGAACGUUUACAAAUACUUACAAAAUUUUGUAUUUUAAAUUAUGCUUUCAAUAUUCCUAAGCGAUUUCAUUAACUAUUAUGACGUAAUUGAUUACGUGUGGGUAUAUGGUUAAAUACAAAAAUCAAUUACUUUGCGUCAGAUAGCAAUGUACAUGUAUGUACAGCUGUCAGUUUUUCAAAUCAAAGACAUGUUGUUGUUUUUAUUGUUAAAUUGUUUAUAUAUAGUGUCUUCCUUAUAAGUAACACAGAUACAUAAACGUCGUGUGGGUAUAUGGUUAAAUACAAAAAUCAAUUACUUUGCGUCAGAUAGCAAUGUACAUGUAUGUACAGCUGUCAGUUUUUCAAAUCAAAGACAUGUUGUUGUUUUUAUUGUUAAAUUGUUUAUAUAUGGUGUCUUCCUUAUAAGUAACACAGAUACAUAAACGUCACAUCACUAUAAACAUUGCAUGUUAUUCCUCUAUUAAGAGGAGAUCAAUUCAUCUUUUGAAGUAUUCUUUUUCAUAAAAUGGUAUUAUUCCGUUAAUACGUUCCUUUUUGAUGGAAGAUAUUUUUUAUAAGGAAAUGGCCUUGGAGAGGAACAUUAUUGGAGCUAACCACUGUGUAUCCUGCAACAUGUGUAUUGAUAACAAUUUCAUGAAUAUACAUUUGUGAUAUACAAUUAUGUACAUAUGAUGUUGACUGUCUAAUGUCUAUAGUGCUCUACUCACGAUGGGACCUUUAUCAUAUGAUUAUCUAAUCAGUGUUGCAAUAUAUGUAUGAAUCAAUAAGAUGUUUGUGAUAUAUUAAUGUGUACAGUGUUAAAAUGUAUGAUGUCUUUGUGCCUUAUUUCAGAGAUCUUAGCAAUGAUGGAAUAGGUAUUCCAUUUUAUAAUUGUGUGUACAAUGUUCAUGUUUUAUGUAAAAGACUAGAUUAAAUUUUAAUUCAGAUAAUAUAAAACUGCUCCUUUGAUAACGGAAGUGCCACUUUUAACUUCUGUGGAACGUUUCUAUGUUUUUAGGGGAACAUUAAAAAAAAUCAAAAAUAAUCAUGGUAACUCUGAUAUCGUAAUUCGUAAUGAAUAUGAAUGGAUAAAGAUCAGAAAAAUGCUGUUAUCGAACACGCCUUUGAUUUAUAUGUCUAUCAUUUACAUAGAUUCCUCCUUACUUAGUUUUCCCAAACACCUGUAUACUAAGUAAAUGUUCGUAACCAUACAGGCUUCUGUUAUUAAUUUAGAAGUAUGAACUUUUAUUUGUUUCUUUUUGAAAAGCUUAGAAAAGCGCCCCAUGGACAUAAUACAUUUAUAAACACAAAAUGUACGAAUAUGUGUCAAACGUAUUUUUUAUAGAGAUUUUAUACAUUAAAAGUUUAAAUGUAAAUAUAAUAGAACUUUACCUAAAGGUUGUUACAUAAUCAAAGUAUAUAUAUAUUUAUCAAUAUGAUGUAAUUCUAAAACCCUGAAGUCAGGUAAAAUAGGUCGGUUAAAUACGGUUUAUGUCAUGGCGUGUCGUCCACCGUUCACCUACAUCCGGGUAUGUGUACUUUGAUAUCAUAUUGGAAUCAAUUCAAAACCGAUUUCCGGCGAUUUAUCAAAUAUUCAAAAUGCAAAGUUGAGAUAUUGAUUGUCGUGGGUGAGGAAAUAUCAUCAUUGACAUUAUAAAUGUCGAGGAUGAAUGAAAGGGAAUGUUUAACAAAUUUAAAGUUAUGAUGAAAACAGUCAUUCCCCUAGGUCAAAGUUCAAAAUAAUGAAGAACAUAUGUAAAUGUUUUUUAGAGAAGAGAUUUCAGAUUUUGAAUGAAACCUGUGAGCGAAACAGGCCAACUGAUCUUAUCUUAUUAUCAUUGACAUUAAGAAUAAUAUCCUAUAUAAUAUGCAAAUAAUAAUAAAAUUGUUUACAUUUUUA